AUGCCGUCUUUCAAUCCUUUUACAACAGCAAUCAGUCCUUUUACAACAGCGGCAAGUCGGAACGCUUGCGCCCUGUUCGAGAUACGACUCGACAAUGAUUUCAUCGUUCUCCGUGGAGGCGACGAUGAGGCUUCCGGCCAGCUCCUGAAAGGCGUUCUAGUCCUGUGUUUGAGGGAACAGCUGAAAUGCGAGGAUGUGCAUUUGCGAUUGCAGGGCGAGUGUCGGGUGGCAUGGCUGGACGGAAAGCAGACGCCAUCUGGCAUACACAAUCAGAAGGUCGACAGGACCACUACCAUCCUCAAACACAACUGGCCGCCAUUCGUCGGCGAAUCCAACCACCACAACACCCUGCAGCCUGGGAAUUACGAGUGGCCAUUCGAGUUUCUACUGCCAGGCGACACGGCCGAGAGCGUCGAAGGGCUCUACCAGACGGGCAUUACUUACGUCUUGAAAGCGACCGUGUCACGUGGAAAGCUGGCCAAGAACUAUCAUGCCUACAAGCGAUUACGAAUUAUCCGAACGUUGGAACCCGCCGCGCUGGAGUUCAACCACGCCAUGAGUGUCGAGAAUAUAUGGCCGAACAAGAUCGAGUACUCGGUCGUCAUCCCCCAGAAGGCUGUCGUAUUCGGUAGCAACGUGCCACUGGAGAUGCGCUUCACCCCGCUGUUGAAGGGGCUGGAAAUGGGUACUAUCACGGUCAAGCUCAUCGAGAUCCAGGAGUUUACGGUAUCUGGAUAUGCGAUUCCUACAAGGUCGCACAAGCGCGAUCGUGAUGUGCAUACCUGGACUUUCGAGGUAAACCGGGACACAGAUUGGCAGAACAACAUUGAAGAGACGGGACAAGAAGGCUGGGUCGUGAAUAAGGAGUUGCCAAUGCCGAAAAAACUGAGCAAAUGCAUCCAGGACUGCACUGUGCACGGAAUCAAGAUAAGGCACAAGCUGAAGCUGACUGUUGCGCUGAAGAAUCCAGACGGUCACGUCUCCGAGCUCCGAGCCACAUUGCCGGUGACAAUAUUCAUUUCGCCCAACAUGCCUCUAGAUGAUGAAGGCAAUAUCGUCUCACAGGCCCCCGAGACGACGGCUGGCGACCAACGCGCGGAGCAAACAUCAAACAUGGCUCCUCCGGGCUAUGGCCAGCAUGUGCUGGACCAGCUCUACGACGACGUGGACCCUAGUGGCAUCAUGACCCCCGGCCUCAUGACCCCCGGCAUCCAAAGCGGUAUCAGCAGCCCCUUCUACGCGCAAUCGAGAGCCGGUUCCUCGGAGAACUUGGCGUCCAUGGCACACGCAAUCGCAGUACCGCCCGCGGCACUAUCUUCUAGGUUGCAGAACGUGUCGCUGGAUCGAUCCAGGAGAACGCAGUCUUACAUUUCCGUGAAUGGACUUACUUCCGGCGCAACGUCGGGUGCGGUGACACCCUACCACGAAGGCGAUCACACAGCCGAGUCCUCGGCGCCGCAUUCGGCAGAGCUAUCACGGCACCCCAGCAGCGAGGAGGAGCACCCACCGGGCCGCUCGGGCCACGGCACGCCGCCCGAGCACGACGAGUUCCACGCCGCCGAAUUCCCCGACAUGGACACCCUGAGCAAGGUGCCGAGCUACACGACGGCGACGCGGGCGCCGCUGCCCAGGACACCGAGUUACACCGGGUCGCUCGCGCUGCCGGACUACCGGACGGCGAUGAGCGCGCCGAGCUCGCCGACACGGGUGGUGUUGACGGAUCCCAUGGACACGAUCGCCGAGCUCCUGCCGGCGGACGGCUCGCCUACCGAGGUGGCGAGCAGCCAGGAUGCGCGCUCGAGGAGCUCCUCGAGGAACGGGCAUGGACACGGGCACGGCUCCCGGGGGAGCUCGGUCGGCGGGUUUAGCUUCUUCCCUGGCCACGCUGCCAUCGGGGGCGCGGACAGCGAACGGCGACUCAGGCUUCUCCAAGGCCGAAGUGGCUAG